AUGGACUCCUCCACCGUGGUCCCAUUUUGGGGGCCUUCUACCUCUUACCUAAAUUUCUGUGAAGAGGAUUAUGUAGUAACUCGGUUCGUUGCUGAGUUCAUCAACACCUUCAGCAGCUUGAUCUUCAUCAUUUACGGAAUCUAUGGCUUGAAUCAGCUCCGCAAUAAGCAGCAGACUGGUUACCGCUCGGUUUCAUAUUUGGGAUUGAUUGGGGUGGGAGUCUGCUCGGCUGGCUACCAUAUGACACUCAAAUAUCACACGCAAAUGUCGGACGAAUUGUCGAUGCAUCUCCUGACAACGCCGCUUCUCUAUCGCAUUCUGACGUUCCAAGCUAGCCCGGAGCGAACCAGACUCGUGGGGAUAGUUCUCUCUAUUCUGUUCACCAUCGUGAUGGUCGUUCACAUGGCCAUGGACGAGUUCGUUCUUCACGCUGUCAGCUUCGGGCUCGCAGUCUAUAUGAUCGCGACGCGUACAUCAAAAAUCAUUUUCCAGCAAGUCACUGAUCCUACACUCAGGAAAAAGCUUCGGAAUAUCUCAUUCUUCGGUAUCUUCUGCUUCGGCUUGGGCUAUUCCGCGUGGCUCAUUGAUGAAUGGGCCUGUGGGUUCCUGAUCAACACUAGACAUGCGGUCGGACUGCCACUGGCAUUCUUGACUGAACUUCACGGGUGGUGGCAUAUAUUGACUGCCAUUGGUGGCUACGUUGCGGUCGCGCUAGUGGACCUAGUGACCACGGGUGAACUGCACGAGGACCCUACCGAGCAUCUUGCCUGGCCUCUCCCUCUUGCGGCAAGAUUCAUAGAGUCACAGACAGGUUCUUGGAAACAGAAAUAG